AUGAUCCACGAUGCCCAGCUCGACUACUACGGAAAGAAACUCGCUACGUGCUCCUCGGACCGCAGCAUCCGCAUCUUCGAGGUCGAGGAGGAGAACCAGCGCCUCGUUGCUACUUUGCCUGGUCACCAAGGCCCUGUCUGGCAGGUCGCUUGGGCCCACCCGAAAUUUGGCAACCUGCUGGCCUCAUGCUCAUACGAUGCCACCGUUAUCAUUUGGAAAGAAACCAACGGCACAUGGGCUCGAUUCUACGAUCAUACCAAGCACACCGCGUCAGUCAACUCGAUUGCCUGGGGUCCCCAUGAAUAUGGCCUGACUCUGCUCUGUGGUUCGGCCGAUGGCACGGUCUCGCUCCUGAGCUUCAGCGACGAGAUGGGCUGGUACCCCUCUGGCCCCUUCAGCACCAAGUCGGGUGCCGGCAUCAACGCUGUCUCGUGGGCGCCUUCGUCCAUCUCUGGCUCGAUCAUCAACUCGGCGCCUGCCAACUCGACUGCGCCUGGCCGCCGCUUCGUCACGGGUGGCUGCGAUACCCACGUUAGACUCUGGAGAGAGGAAGGAGACAAGUGGGAAAACUACGAGACUCUGGAAAAGCACAGCGACUGGGUUCGCGACGUCAGCUGGGCCCCGAACCUCGGCAUCGGGCCAAACACGAUCGCCACGGCUUCCCAGGACAAGACCGUCCUGAUCUGGACCGAGACGAGCCCGCAGCAAUGGACCUCGACUCCCCUCCGAAGCGAUGGAUUCCCCGAUGUCGUCUGGCGAGUCAGCUGGUCGGUGUCGGGCAACAUCCUUGCCGUUACCUGCGGCGACAACACCGUGACCCUGUGGAAGGAGAACCUCGAUGGCGUCUACAGCCAGAUCGGCGAGCUCAAGGACCAGGCCGCGUCCAACUAG